AUGUUGCGCAAUCCCGUCGAGCGAUAUCUGAGUGAGUGGCUACAUAUGCGGAGAGGUGCAACGUGGCAUUCCUCACCGCUUCGAUGCAAUGGCAAAUCGGCGCGAUCCGGUUGGUUCCGUCCGUGUUACACUGUUCCCGAGUUUAUGAGCAACGUCACAAGCCCCGCCUACCUUCGGAGGCGUCAAACAUGGUACAACGUCAGUCUGCAAACUUUCUUACGAUGUCCGUUCAAUUUGGCAAACAAUCGACAGACCCGAAUGUUGGCCAAUCUAACCUCACUUGGCUGCUAUUCCAAGUUGGCGCAGUGGCUCAAACCGUCCCGCUCUCCGUAUCAACUUUUGUCAACUGCGCAGCGAACUUUGUGCCUCAGUGCCAAGUACAAUCUUGCCGGGUUCUUUCACACAUUCGGUCUAAGUGAUCAUAUGGUUUACACGCAGUAUAUGUUACAACGCGCGCUGAAAAUCGUGUUCAAUUCCCCACUGACGAACAUGAGCUCCUUCGUCCACGGCCACCGGUCACAUACACAAAAUGCUAUCCAUAAAGUGAACUCUAGUGAUCUGCUCAGGGUGUACUAUGCCAAUCGACUGGACACAGAAUUGUACGAAUUCGCUAAGCGUCUGUUCCUCCUUCGUUUCACCGCGCGUGUCGUUUACGACACGCAGAUUCACCCCCGAUUCCGACGUCCAUUGUACACCUUGUGGAUUGAUAACAAUUGGCCAGCUUUGGAAUACAACUUGUUGCUCACGAAAACGUUGAACACGACUUCCUCUUUCUAUUUUCAAUUCAAUUGCCAUCUGAUUCGCAUAUUUCAGCGUCAGUCGAAACCACAAUGA